AAAUAACUGUUGUAUGGUCCUGUGUGGUCCAAAUCCUCCCUCACUUAUAGACGCAAGGGGAAUAGCCCUGCCCCAGGGUGAGGGUGUGAGCAGCUAUGGAACUGUAGUGGGUGAGGGUGGAGGGGGUGGAGGACUAUUUCAUGAGGUUAGAACUCCCUCCUCAGGAGUACCUAGUAUAGCACAGUUACAUAGGCAUCUCUCUAACACAACACAAGAUGUAAUAGAUAAGGCCCCUACGUUGUCUGGCUCUCCGGUAAGCACACCUCCGGGAGGAGCCUCCGAGCCUCAUGGAGUCCCACGUUUGGCCUCCGAACCUCUUUCUGGAGGACUCCCUCGAACCUCCCCGUCCAACAAUACACUCAGCUCACAAAACCUUUCACUUCAUGACAGUAAUAUCAAGGAUAUAAAGGAGACCCUGGACUUGGACCAAACAACUAUGAUAGGGUCAGCUCUAGACCUAGAUUCACUAGAUGGAGACCAGGAACAGCAAAUACAAGAACAACGACGUAAGGAGAAGGAACAGUUUUCUCAUGUCGGCUCACAGAUGAAGUUAUCUAAGCUGUCAGCUGUGUGACGUAGUGUUCAGCGCCCCAGCAAACCCUCCAGUUUGCUACGAAGGGGCGCUGGGAUUAAGGUGUUGAAGAUAGCAAAUCCAUGUGACGAAGUGUAGAAAAUCCACGGAACUGAUAAAAAGAAAUGCACACAAGGUUUCGUAAACCUGAUUUCUGUGCGCCAAUGCCAACAUACAUCUAAAGUGACAUAAAUGGCAUGAAAGAACUAGAAGACAAAGUUAUCAUAGAUUUCAACCUUGAAAAGUGAAAAGUGAAAUUUAUAACAUUUUAUAUCAUGUACGAACUGCCUGUUUUAAGAAAUAGGCUUUGAAGCAUUUAUUUAGACUGAAUAUUUCGUUAAAUCCGAAUUCCUAAGCUCUUGAUUAAAUCCUACAGAUUGUAGAGAAAAUAGAAGAAACGAAAGAGGUUGAAGAAUAUUUGUACAAAAUAAGCUCUAAACGUACAGCUUAGGAACCAGAAAAAAAUAUUAUUAUGUUUUUCCUUUUUUAUAAUUAUAAAACGUAGCUGAGGAUAUUAGUCCCAAUUGAACUAUUUAUAAAAUUAAAAGCCUUGAACAUUUUAGAGACAUUUCAUUUGCAACAAUAGAAAAUUACACAAUCUUCAGGGACAGGUCUUAGGAUAAGGAAGAACAAAGACAACAUUCAUUCUACAUUUCUGGUUCUUACUGUACACAUUUACCACGCACAGAGCCAAUACUUACAUGCACACACAGGGCCAUAAAGUUAAUGAGAACAAAUAAGCCUAAGUGCAAUCUCUAAUGAUCUUAAAUAUAUUUAAAUUUUAAUAAUAAUUGGUCUAAAUUAUUGUAAACUCUGCAAGUUAAUUAUGUACGUUUAUGCAAAAUCUUAUUUGUAUCACCAAACAUAAACACACAAACUCUAAAUCUGCACCGUUAAGCACUGAAGUUUAGUUAAAGAAAUCAUUUCUCUCUUAUUAAAUCCUGUAAAAAUUUAACAAGCAUAUUUUUGAAACAGGCCUUUGAUGGAUUUUUAUUACAGAUUAACGUUGUUAAAGGGUAAAUCGCCAUAUCUUGUUCUCUUUAAUUGUAAAACCAUUUUUACUCGCAUUAACUGUACUUUCUUUAAUUUAAAGUAGAUUUAGGAUACAAUUUGAAAUAAAGAAAGGUCAAAGUAAAAAAACAGAAACAAAUUUAAUGCAGGUGAUCAUAUUGACCGUUAUUUUAUCAUAUAGUGUACAGUGUACACUGUACACUUCACCUUGUUCAUUUUUGUCUUCAAUCUUUGUUUUACAUUUGAGGAAUUAUGCUGAUAAAUUACAUUACACACUAACCUAGCACUGUAAAUUGUAUCCUUAAAAGUGACUCAAACUUAGACAAAUGAUUGGUUAUUAAUUUUUCUUCUCUAAUAUUUAUUAAAUUGUUAGAAAUAUACUUAAUGUCUAAUCUUCUUUAUUAGUUUCUUUUUAAUAAAUAUUCUUAA